CCGAGCCAGCCGGGCGGCGGGAGAGCCUGUGCUGGCGAGGAGCGGACGACAGGAUACUAAGGGGCAGGAGAGCGCCGGAAAGGCAUUGCAGCGGCAGCGGACUUGAGGUCGAGCUGGCGAAGCCGGUUGGGGUGCGUCGUACCGAAGGACAGUGACCGACAGUGAUCGGCAAGAGUGUGGCGUCAAGAGGACGGCACUAGCCGAUCAGGGGGUAAAGCAGCACGUCGCUCGCAAUUUAUACGGAAACCGGCGGUGGGACAACGCCCCAUCCAACCAAAGAAAUCGGCCACAGACGGUGUCAGUCCUCAUUGGAGGUGUUCAAUCUAGCGCGACAUCAGUGAGAAGCUCGAGUGUGUGUCUCUCCAACAGCCCAAGGCGUGACGUCACCCAGCACCCAGUCGCCGACGAUCAGCUCGCUUUAAUAUCCCGCCGGCACGCCGCGGCACCAUGGCUCGCCUCGUCUCAGAGCUGGACAUCCAGCAGUUCGCCAUGGACGGCGUGGUCUGCCUGCGCGGCGUCUUCUCCCAACACUGGGUGGACCUGGUGCGACGCGGCAUCGACGCCAAUAUGGCGGCGCCCAGUCCGUUUGGAGAGAGUCUGAAGGAUAACGAGAAUGAGGGGGCCUACUUCGACGACUACUGCAACUGGGAGAAGAUCCCCGAGUUCAAGAAUUUCAUCAUGGAGUCACCGGCUGCCGAGAUCGCCGGGAGGUUGAUGGAAUCUCAGGAAGCCGCUAUUUACCACGAGCACGUGCUCAACAAGGAGCCGGGAACGGCCAAGCGCACCCCGUGGCACCACGACCAGAGUUACUACCCCAUCGACGGCUCCAAGGUAUGCAGCAUCUGGAUGCCGGUGGACCCGGUGCCGCUGGAGACGGCCAUCUCGUUCGUGCGCGGCUCGCACCUCUGGAACGCGUGGUUCUACCCGCGCAAGUUCGCCACCGAGCAGCGGUACCCGCUGAGCGACGGCUCCGGAGCCGUGCACCGCCGGUACGAGGACGUACCCAGCGACGAGAUCGACAGCGGUCAGCACGAGCUGCUGGCCUGGCCCAUGGAGCCGGGGGACUGCAUCGUCUUUCACAUGAAGACUGUGCACGGCGCUCCUGGCAACGCUUCUCAGUCGUCCCACCGGCGCGUGCUCUCCACGCGCUGGCUCGGCGACGACACCGUGAUUACAACUCGGCCUUGGGACGUCUCGCCUCCGCUGCUAGCGCCUCUCAGGCCCGGCGACCGCGCCAUAUCCAAGUACUUUCCUGUCAUCUGGCGGCGGACCGAGCAACCUGAAGUUUCUCUGAAGCCCGGCAGCCACGUCGGAGCGAUGCGGGAGGCGGACGCUCUGCACCUAUGACAACCAUGGAUCAGCUCGAGGAAAACAUAUUCACAGGGCGUAGCAUCUGAUGGCUAUCACUCCUUUUAGCUAUGAUGUUAUUAUUGAAAGAAGCGACACGAAUUAAAAAGUACUGCAUGCGUCACUAAAUUCACACAUUUUGUUCAGCAGAGCUUGAUAUUUAGUUCCGUUUUUAUUCACUUAUCGUUAUGCACCUCGUUCACUCAUAUUGCGCUCUUAUUCCGGAAAACAGAUUAUCACACAGCUGAAGCCAGAAUUAGACGCCUGCUAUCAUAGCCGAACCCACUGACCUUACGCAGCGCCUUCUCGGGGACCAAUUGUAGUCAAAUAAAGCUGGGUGGCUAACGCGGCGACGUGGACUGUGCCGUCGAGACCCAUCAGUCUUCAUCAGCGGCCACCGCGACUGCGCCAGGCCAUCUGGGCCUGAUCGCAGGCGGACGGCAGAGGUCAGGGGACACGACGUU